AUGGCUACCAGUCCUAGUAAAUUCAUCGCAAACGCCGCCACAAUAGUGGGUGGAGAAGAUCACCCGGAGUUGAUGGCUUUAUUGUGGUCAGCUUCCAAUGGCGCCAAGGGGACAUGGGUCGGUGGUGGAUUACCGGAUUGGGCCAGUAUUGAUAGAAACAACAGGCCAUCCAAACUGUAA